AUGCGAUUGUGCUUCAUAUUUUUAGCGGUUUUGGUGACAGACACCAUUGCCAACGAACUAACGAGAUGUUGUGCCGGUGGAACCCGUCAUUUCAAGAACUCAAACACGUGUUCGAGUAUCAAAAGCGAAGGAACGAGUAUGACUUGCCAGAGAGCCGCUUCGAUUUGUUGUCUUCGAAGUUUAUUGGACAGUGCAUGUGAUUCUGGAACUGAUAUUGCCAAAGAGGAAGAAAGCUGUCCGAGUAACAUCAAUAUUUUGGGCGGUGGAUUGAAAAAAGAGUGCUGCGAUUGCUGUCUUCUUGCCAAGGAUCUCCUCAACCGAAAUGAGCCAUGUGUUGCUCCAGCUGGAUUCUCAGCCGGUUGUCUGAGAAGUUUCAACAAGUGUUGCAAUGGUGAAUUUGAAAUCACACAUGCUUCGGAGAUCAUAACAGGCCGCCCACUCAACGACCCACACGUUUUACACCUUGGAGAUCGUUGCUCAACAUCCAACUGCGAACAUUUGUGUCAUGAUCGUGGAGGCGAGAAAGUUGAAUGCAGUUGUAGAUCUGGAUACGAUUUGGCUCCAGAUGGCAUGGCUUGUAUUGACCGUAACGAAUGUACGAUUCGUCCAUCCCCAUGUGCUUCCAAUGAAGAUUGUGUCAAUACAAUCGGUGCCUACAUCUGUCAACGAAGAAUCACUCGGCUCGUUCCACAUCGUCAUCGAGCUAACAGAGUUGGAAAUGCGCCAAGAAGAAUGCGAGAUGAUCCAUAUUCUCGUGCUGGAGAAUACAGAGAAGCAUCGCAAGCAAAUACCGAGUUUGGAUGUCCAAUGGGAUGGUUGUAUCAGCAUGGACAUUGUGUUGAUAUCGACGAGUGUGCCACUUUGAUGGAUGAUUGUCUAGAAUCGCAACGUUGUUUGAACACUCCAGGAAGUUUCAAAUGCAUUCGAACACUAUCAUGUGGAACCGGAUACGCUAUGGACUCAGCGACUGAACAGUGCCGUGACGUUGAUGAAUGCAACUUGGGAUCACAUGACUGUGGACCAUUGUAUCAGUGUAGGAACACUCAAGGAAGCUAUAGAUGUGAUCCAAAGAAAUGUGGAGAUGGUGAGCUUCAGAAUCCAAUGACAGGGGAGUGUACAUCGAUCACUUGUCCAAAUGGAUACUAUCCAAAGAGUGGAAUGUGUAAUGACAUCGAUGAAUGCGUGACUGGUCAUAACUGUGGAGCUGGUGAAGAGUGUGUUAAUACUCCUGGAUCAUUCAGAUGUCAGCAAAAGGGAAAUCUCUGUGCUCAUGGUUAUGAAGUCAAUGAUGCUACUGGAUUCUGCGAAGACGUCAACGAGUGUCAACAAGGAGUUUGCGGUUCAAUGGAGUGCAUAAAUCUUCCGGGAACUUAUAAAUGCAAGUGUGGAUCUGGAUAUGAGUUUAAUGAUGCUAAAAAACGAUGCGAGGAUAUCGAUGAGUGUAGCAAAUUUGCUGGACAUGUGUGUGAUUUGUCAGCGGAGUGUAUUAAUACGAUCGGUUCAUUCGAAUGCAAAUGCAAGCCAGGAUUCCAAUUGGCUUCAGACGGUCGUCGCUGUGAAGACGUCAAUGAGUGCACAACUGGAAUUGCAACGUGUGAACAGAAAUGUGUAAACAUCCCAGGAAGUUAUCAAUGUAUUUGCGAUCGUGGAUUCGCUCUUGGACCAGAUGGGACCAAGUGUGAAGAUAUUGAUGAGUGCUCGAUUUGGGCGGGAUCUGGGAAUGAUUUAUGUAUGGGUGGAUGUAUAAAUACAAAGGGAUCGUAUUUGUGUCAAUGUCCACCUGGUUAUAAGAUUCAACCCGAUGGAAGGACUUGUGUCGAUGUGGAUGAAUGUGCAAUGGGUGAAUGUGCUGGAACGGAUAAAGUAUGUGUGAACACCCUCGGAUCAUUCAAGUGUCAUUCGAUCGACUGUCCAACCAACUACGUACAUGACUCCCUGAACAAAAAUCGUUGUAACCGUAUUCCAUCAGCAUGUGGUUUGCCUGAAGAGUGUUCCAAAGUUCCAUUGUUUCUCACUUAUCAGUUUAUCUCAUUGGCUCGUGCUGUGCCCAUCUCCUCUCAUCGUCCUGCUAUAACACUUUUCAAAGUUUCUGCACCGAAUCAUGCAGAUACUGAAGUGGCGUUCGAGUUGCAGUUGAAGACGACGAUAGUUGAUGCGCCCAACGUUCUUCCAGCCAUUCGUGCCAACUUUUUACUCCAAAAAGGAGAAAAACGUAACAGUGCUGUUGUGACACUUCGUGACAGUCUAGACGGACCACAAACCGUCAAACUUCAAUUGUUGUUAAGGAUGAGCAAGAAAGGAAAGAGUUUCAAUACGUACGCAGCCAAUUUGAUUGUCGACGUGGCUGCUCACAAGAGACAUAAUACAGUACAUCCGCCACUUAUGAGGAUUCGAUAUCAAAUCGCUGACGGCUACUCGUGCAUCAAAGUUUGCUCCACGGAUGACACAGAAUGUCUCGGAAAUCAUACCCGUGAAGUUUUGUACCAAUUCCGAGCGGUUCCAUCGCUGAAAACCUUGCCCACUCCAAUUGAAGUCUCCAAAAUAGUCACCCAUAUGGGAGUUCCGUUUUCAGUGGACUACAGUUUAGAUUAUGUUGGAAAGAGACAUUUCAAAAUUGUUCAGGAUAAAAAUAUUGGAAUCGUCCAACUGGUAAAACCAAUCCGUGGUCCAACUGUGGAAACGAUAAAAGUCAACAUUCACACAAAAUCAAGGACCGGUGUGAUUCUUGCCUUUAACGAAGCGGUCAUCGAGAUUUCAGUAUCAAAAUACUCAUUUUAG